CGAAAGAUGUCACUGUUUAAUGCACGGACUAUUCUUCAGACAACCAAGGUUGGCACAGCUAUUGUUGCACAACUUCAAGCUGAUAAAGUGCUCACAAAGAAGGCCAGAUGCACAAUGACAUCAUUGUUGGUUGGAUUCCUCAUUGAAAACCAUGGUUUGAAGCCAAGUUCAUACGAGAAGCAGUGUCUUGCUGAGAGUAUCAUUGAGGAGUUUCCAUACCUCAAAGAUCCAGAGGGCAAAGGCUAUGAAGCAUGGUAUAUGAAAGGUGCAAACAAACGUCCAGCUACAGGGUACUUGGAGGAACGACUAAGGUACAUCAGAAAGACGAUGCUCGAUAAGGAGGACAGGAACAAGGGGAAAUUGGAUGCUCCUGCUGAAGAGCCACCUCGUGAAGGGACAACUAGUUCUCCUGAAGAAGAAGCCAGGAUGGUAGCUUGGCUGAAGGACAACAUGGAGCCAGCAAGCAAAGUUCAAGAAUACAUGGCACUGACAGCAAGGCAACGCAAGAAUUUCAUUGGGCAGAAGAAGCACUCUCUGGCUGGCAUCUUGGAGGAAUUUCCACGUAUUCUCGACAAAGACAUGAUUGCACAGGACUUUGAUUUGGUGCAUCAUCCAGGUAUUGCAGAUAACCUCUUCUUCAAGUGGGAAGGCUUGUGUGACUCUGUGAUAGCAUAUGCCAACUUCAUGACUCCAACUUGGAAGCAAGUUCUCCACAUGCAGGACAAAGUAGAUGGUACACUCUCUACAGCGGAGAAGAAAAACCUGGCCCUGUUCCUUCUACCAGUCAUUCUGGGGGGCCGCAGUAAAGGCAAGCGAGGAGGCCGAUGCAGCCUGUUUGACAGCAUUGAUGCAUUUAUUGACUUAAAACCGGCCAUAAUCAACGUGGACAACUACCUGGACAGCAUCAAUGCCGAAAAGAGGCCACAACCGUUCAUCCUUGCACUCUACACAACUGAGCGCUUGAGUCCAUCUCAAGUCUUCUUGGUGGUUGAGAGACGGGCCAUCCCUUACCCAAGUCUGAUAAAGACUGUUGAUGCAGCAUUUAAGGCACAUUACGUGCUUGACAUCAAUUACCAGCCACAAGUCAAGACAGUCUGGGAGUUCCUCCAAAAUGUCGUGUACGAACUACCAGGGAUAGUUCCCCCAAUCUUGAGGGAUUUCCGUGCGUAUUUGGUGUCCAAGUGAUUUAAGCAUUGUAAUCCAAGUAAUCUGCAUUUGGUGUCAUAGGGGUGUGAAAUCUCAGCUUUAAAGCUGAUUUCAGCUUUUUCUCGCACUUGCUGUGUACAAAAAUAUAGAUUUUCAAAGUUCAGCCUUUUUAGACCUUUUUCAGCUGUUUUCAGCUAUUUUUAUCAGUGGUCACUCACACCCUGUGGUGUGCAAGUUCUUAAUAUCAGCUACGUACAUAUAAACUUAUGUAGCAACCAUUUGUGCCCUUUUCUGGUAACAACAUAUCAAUCAGCUACAGGUUUGACAUUUGAUUAUCAUGGUGUAGUCUAACCUGGCAAGCCAGAAAUCCCAGUAAAAAAAAUAAGUGCCUGCAUUAACCUUAGUAUUUUCAUUAACGCUAAAAGGAGUGUGGAAUGUUAAGCAACCAAAUAUAAGGUGAAGUAAUCUCGAAAUUGUUUCCUCAUUUUGUAUUUAAGAGAAUAUACAACAUUUGCAAACAUCGG